UGGGCGGGGCUCCGAGCGAGAGCGGAAGAAGGAGCGUGGGUAGGCCGUAGCUUGCGAGGUGCGAGCCGGACAACGGCUUGCAAGCAUGCUCCGCUGUACCCGAGCCUGGAGGCUCCCCCUUGAGGGGCUCGGCCUGCACAGUCGUAGCUUCGCGAGGGUGCCUGUCGCACCCAGCAGCAGCGGCGGCCGAGGGGAGGCCGAGCCGAGGCCGCUUCCGCUUUCCUACAGCCUUCUGGACGGGGAGGCAGCCCUCCCGGCCGUCAUUUUUCUGCACGGGCUCUUCGGCUGCAAAACUAACUUCAACUCCAUCGCCAAGGCCUUCUCCCAGCAGACAGGACGUAGGGUGCUGACGGUGGAUGCUCGUAACCACGGUAACAGCCCCCACAGCCCAGACAUGAGCUACGAGAUCAUGAGCCAGGACCUGCAGGACCUCCUGCCCCAGCUGGGCCUGGUUCCCUGUGUCGUCGUUGGUCACAGCAUGGGAGGGAGGACAGCCAUGCUGCUGGCACUACAGAGGCCAGAGCUGGUGGAACGUCUGAUUGCUGUAGAUAUCAGCCCAGUGGAAGGCACAGGUUCCUCCCACUUUCCUGCCUAUGUGGCAGCCAUGAGGACCGUCAAUAUCCCAGAUGGGCUGCCCCGCUCCCGUGCCCGGAAACUGGCAGAUGAACAGCUCAGUUCUGUUGUCCAGGUGAUACACCCAAGCCCCCCGGAUGCUGUUGUAGACCGGGACCUGUCAAGGGACGAGUGGUACCCCCAGUCCGCACAAGGAACCCCCCCAACUGCUGCACCUCCACAGAACCUGGCCGUACGGCAGUACCUGCUCACCAACCUGGUAGAGGUAGACGGGCGUCUGGCGUGGAGGUUGAACUUGGAUGCCCUGGCCCAGCACCUAGACAAGCUCUUGACUUUCCCACAGAGGCAGGAGUCCUACCUCGGACCAACACUCUUUCUCCUCGGUGGAAACUCCCAAUUCGUGCAUCCCAGCCACCACCCUGAGAUUAUGCGGCUCUUCCCUCGGGCCCAGAUACAGACGGUGCCGAAUGCUGGCCACUGGAUCCACGCUGAACGCCCACAGGACUUCAUAGAUGCCAUCCGAGGCUUCCUGGUCUAAGAGUUGCUGGCAAGAAGGGGGCUGGGCGCAGUGGCUUAUGCCUGUAAUUCCAGCACUUUGGGAGGCUGAGGUGGGAGGAUCACUUGACACCAGGAGUUCGAGAGUAGCCUGGCCAACAUGGUGAAACCCCAUCUCUACUAAAAGUACAAAAAUUAGCCUGACGUGGUGUUGCACGCCUGUAAUCCCACCUACUCAGGAGGCUGAGGCAGGAGAAUCACUUGAACCCAGGAGGCGGAGGUUGUAGUGAGCCGAGAUCACACCACUGCACUCCAGCCUGGGCAACAGAGCAAGACUACAUCUCAAAAAAGACAAAACAAAACAAACAGGAGGCACAAAACCCCAGGCUUCCAGUCCCUGCAGCCUGCUCCACAUUUGGGCACAGGAGGACUCAGACGGGCACUGAGUGGGCAUGAGGUUUUACAGGGGUGGUCAGACCUCAGGCUUUAAUGAAUAAAGACAUUACUCUCCAA